AUGGCCAACAUCGGAGACGCGUGCAUUAUUCCCCUGGCACUUGGCGGCACCGUCGUGCCGCUCAUGCUGGAGAAGACCCAGGGCAAGGAAAGCCACAGCUAUCGCCUUACCAUCUGCAACGGUGGGCCUGGCGUGCUGUACCAUAGGCAGUCCGCCCGCAGCCCGCCGAAGCUCAAGCAUCAGACCUGCAUGACCUUCGAGGGCAUCCCGGCCGAGCGAGCCGAAGAUGAAGCCUUCUGGACCACGAUGGUCACGGCGUGCCUGAUCUCAAGCGAGCGGGAGCCGGAGGAUCUCCUCUACGACGUCUUCCUGCCCUACUUGAUCAACGCGCCGGCCGUGGUGGAUGUCCUGUACCCCCAGGCGAAGGCCAAGCUCCUCGAGGGGCUCUCCAUCCCCGACGCCGACUUUCACUCGGUGCCCCGCGCCUUCGGCUCCUGGCGCUGCCUCACGCUGCUCUGGAAGCACCUGCUGAGGGCGAAAGCUGGGCUCACGAAGCAGCAGGUGAAAGCGGUGAAGUGGGAGCUCCGGGCCACCAUGGUGGACAUGUGCGUGCACGACCUGAGGGCUGCCAAAGGCCUUGAUUCCACGGACAUCCGGCUGCUCAAGCUUGGCUGCGGGACCAUGUCCUUCGCGGCGGUGCGGAACCAUACCUGUGCCACGGACUGCCGGUCGGACGAGGACUCGCUGAGUUUGCCCGCAGCCAACCACUCCCUCUUCGCUUGCAAGAAGCUGGUCGAUGCCAUCGACGCGGAUGGUCUGCAAGUGCUCUGUUCUCAGAAGCCGCGUACCUACGAGGGUCAAGAUGGCAGCGGAGAGUUCUCUUCGUACCUGGACUUGGGCACGGGCGAGGACAAAGUGAGCCAGAGCGCCAUCUUCCCCUUCUUCGACCGCCUUCUGCGCCAGGAGGUCUUCCCCGGCAAGCCCAAAGGGGUGGCUGAGCAGCUUCCCAUUGACCUGCUGGCCCUGCCGGAGAAGGUGAACUCGAUGACCGAAUUCUUCCGUACCUUGCGCAUUGCGGAGGAGAUCUGCCUGAAGCUCUCUUUCAUCAGCAGCCGGGAGCGGUGCGAGUACGCGCCCUACCUCCUUGUUUGCCUCCAGCAGCACCUCUUCACCAAGCUGCUGCCGCUGCCUCGGGGCCCCUACUCCUCGAUUCUGAGCUGCAGCCACACGGCCCGCACCUUCGACGCCGUGAAGAUCACGGUGCUGUCGGCGGCCGCCGCCAUGGCCGACCGCAUCAUCCGCAUCUGGCCGAUGGAUGACAGGCUUUUCAAGGCAGAGAACAAGCCUUCCGAGCUGACGAAGGUCCUGCACGAGGGCCGCUUCGCCGUGGAUGCCACGGCCUUCCUGACGCAGUCGGAGACCAUGGAGGCGUGCUUCCAGGAGCUCACCAUCACCCGCGCGGCCACCAUGGCCUACUUCCACGAGGUUGUGCAGCACUACAAGGUGAACCUGGAUCGCCGGCGAACGGUGAUCUUCGACUACGCUGCCCACAAGUGGGGCAUGUGGGUCACAGGCGAGCGCGGCACGAUUGCUUUGGCAGAGCGCAUGGCCGCCACCAAGUUGCUGAUGGAUGGCAAUCCGUCCAACCUGGUCGCCGGCACCAAUGUGAUGAUGCCGCACAUCUGGCCGGAGUUCCAGGCCUACCGGGACAUCGUCUUCUGGUGGAAGUACUUCCUGUGCACCGACAUCCGGGUGUUCCCGGAGGCGCGGAAGUUCCACCCCUCCGAGGCCAUCGCGCGCUGGAGCGUCCAGGUGGACGAGAAGGGGCGGCCCUACUUCAAGGUCACGGCCCUUGGCAAGGACAACGUGGUAUGGAUCAACGACCGCACGCCGCCGCAGCCGCCGGCCUCUGGCCACAGGUGGCCCUCCCCGGCGCUGCCGGCCAUGCACACCAAGGGCGAAGUCCGCACGGAAGACGACCUGCUCUACCAGAGGUCUUUGCCCAACUUCCCGGAUGAGAAGACCGGCCGCCCCAUGCUCCGGCCCUCGGAUAGCGAGGGUCUGCUGUCGUACCUGACGGUCCCGUACCUGCGGCAGCCGCUGCUGCUGAGCUUCUUCACCACCCAGGACAGGAGCAACUGCCUCCGGCAGGGUACGCUGCAGAGGAUCCUCCAGGCCUCCAUGCUGGAACCCGGGCGGCUGCUCUUCCCCGAGGACAUGAAGAACAUCCCGGAGUUUGUGCCUGCCACGGCUGAGGAGGAGCACCUGGUCGCCUCCCCCUUCAGCCAGCUCCUGACGGAGCUGUCACAUGGGCCCACGGUGAUCCUGACGGCUGUUGGGAAGCUCAUGGCCCUGACCCUCAGCCUUGCCACCUCCGUGACCUCGGAGACGGUGCCGGCGAUCCUCUUCUCCGUCCGCCUGGCCGUGCGCGUGGAGUCUGCCGCAGCGCUGCUCAUGGACCACGCGGAGGGCAAGGUGGCCAGGGCCUGGCCAAAGUUAACCACGACGGCGAAUGUCCUGGAAGAGCUCCGGCGGGGCCGCAGCUUGCUGCGGAGCACCUUCGAGGGAGAGGUCUUGCCUUGGUUUGACCGCUGGCUGGAAGAGCUGGCAGAGUCGGCACAGCAGGAGCCCAGCCGGGAGGACGAGUGCAACCAGCUUGCCUGCCGGCUCCACGCGCACCAGGUGCUGGUGCUCCGCAACGUUCCGCAGAGCGACUUCGACUCGGACCGGGUGAAGCGGCUCCUCUCCUCCCUGACCUACCUGUCUUCCCACCACACCUUCAACCAGGAGCGGCUGGAGGUCCCGGAGACGGAGCUCUUCGAGACGCUGCAGCUCCACCGCCGCUACAUCGUUCGCUGGCUGGUGGAGCAGCGGCGCCUGAACUCCCUGACGGGCUUCAACUCCGUGCUGCGGGGCUGCCACCAGCAGCUCUCGGCCUUGGGGGACACCAGCGCCCCCGACACCUCGGGCUUCGAGUGGGUCUGCGUGGGCGACGACACGGAGUACGAGGGCCGCUUCGGCGUGCUCAGCGAGGCGGCGCCGGACAAGGAGGCGCAGGGCGGCAAAGAGGGCAAGGAGGGCAAGGAGGGCAAGGAUGGCAAGGGGGUCAAGACCGUGAAUGCCUCGGACGCCUUCUGGAUCGAGCUCAACGUCCAGCUGCUCCAGGUCACGGUCCGUGGCCGCACGCUGGUGCCCUUGGAGGACUUCAUCUGGCAGGACGAGGACUUCAAGCACGUCUUCGUGUCCGAGCUCGGCGAGAAGGGCGCCAUGCAGAAGACCACGGUCCAGUGCUCCGCCUUGCUGACCUCCACCAACGCCACGGUGCGCGAGCUCCUGAGCAUCCCCUUCCGGGCCACGCACUGGAGCUCGAAGCCCGCCAGCUUCCUGCCCUUCCUGGAUGACUGGGACCGGCUCUAUGACGUGGAGGACCUGGAGGAGGACGAGUUUUGGAUCGCGGAGCUCUUCGAGCCGGUCCGGCGGAUGUUCUUCAUCCCGCCUCCCCCGAAGCGGCCGCCCCUCUUCUUCAUGAAGGACGAGCCCGUGGCGCCCGAUGCCACGGUGGUCUGCCUCAUGGGCGUGCACCAGGACGCCAAGGCGCGCAUCUGGAAGGAGGUCCACCUCUUCAAGGAGCGGCGCAUGAUCCACAUCUACGGGAUCAAGUCCUAUGGGCAUCAGCUGUACCGGCAGCUGGAGUACACCAGCAACGCCCGGCUCUGCAUGCACGAGCUGCAGCCCCCGCUGGACGGGCGCGACGAGCCCUGGCCCGUCUGGGCGAGGUACGCGGCCGGCGGCUCCAGCUGCGACCUGCAGAACCACGAGAACACCACCACGGUGUCGCGCACGGCCGUGAAGGGCCUCAGCGGCUUUGGGGGCGAGGUGUUGGGGGACAAGGACCCCAUGGACGACCCCGAGGAGUGGGACGAGAUGGAUUCCGGGGCCGAGCGCAACGCCGGCAGCGCCGUCAAGGAGGACGAGCAGGAGCUGGAGGAGGACGGCGUGCAGCGGCGCCGCAGGCAGGUGCGCAGCAGCGCCCCCGAGCCCAUGCCCGUGUACUGCCGCGAGACGCACGAGCUGCAGCCGGAGAAGAAGAAGGCCAACCGCUGCAACUUCUGCAGCUGCACUGGCACGGCCUGGCGCUGCCGCGACUGCGACUACGACCUCUGCGAGCCCUGCCAGCGGAACCUCUCGAAGCGCGUGGCCAUGAGAUUCCAGGAGGGCGACCGGCUUCAGGUCAAGGGCAACGGCUACAACCGGAAGGACGGGAUCGACUGGCGCUUCUGCUUCUACGCCGGCCAGGACUGCAUCUUCUCCUUUGCGCCCUGCACGCAGCGCAAGUGCAUCCUCCGCAACUCCGUCAUCGAUGGCUCCAAGGGCAGCGAGGUGCGCACGGGAGGCUGCCCAUUGGGAGCCGAGAACGAUAGCUUCACCGUGUGCUUCGAGAAGAGCGACGAGGGCUUCGAGCUCACCAUCAACGGCGAGCGCGUCGCGGACUUCGACUUCCCGGACCGCUCGGCGGAGAUCGUGGACCACAUCGGCUUCGACUGUCGGGCCGGGAACGUGAAGGAUGUCGAGAUCUUCCACGACCGCAUGAUCACCGAGAAGUCGCCCUUUGAGCGCAUGAUGGAGGUGGGUGAGCAGUACCUGCCGGGCCGCAUCCUUUCCGGCCUCCUUCCGGAGGCCUUGCUGGAGGACUACAACUUCUACCAGGAGAACGCCCCUCCACACCGGGUCAUCCGAGGCUACCCCGCCAAGGGCCGCUGGCCCUCGGACCACGAGUCGGAGGAGGACCUCCUGGAGUCUGAUGCCAGCAACAAGAAGGUGGACCACAUCCUCAUCGUCAAGCUGGUCCGCAUCAAGAAGAUCCUCUGCACCGGCAUGCGGGGCUGGGGCGCCGUGGUCACCAAGCGCUUCCGCGACGGCAUGGGCCGUCCCGACCUUUACCUGCUGGACCUGCUCCACACCAAUGCGGGCACCCCGCUCCACCACCUGGCCGACUCCCUGGCCCGUGCCGAGAACCUCUCCUUCAUCCUGGCCUGGACCUCCUCGAACCCCUGGGAGGCCGGGGACAAGCACCUCAGGAUCGAGCGCGUGGAGAUGCCGCGCCUGCAGCUCACCUGGGACGUGCGCAAGGGCCCCCGCGGGGAGCAGAGGCUCUACUCUGUGGACCACUCCACGCUUUUCAUGCCCACGAAGCCGCCCUUCGGUGCCCGGGCGCAGGCGCUACAGCUGCUCCAGGCGGUGCCCCAUUCGUUGCUGCUGCAGAGCGAAGACGAGGAGCUCUUUGCAUGCGUGCCCAACGUCUGCGCGCACCGGAUCUACAUCGCAUCGAACCCCUUCAGCACAGAGCUGGUGCUGCAGCGUGGGCACGGCGUGUGGAGCCAGGGUGCUACCAAGCACUACCUGUACCCGGUGCACGUGUCCGCCUCCUUCCUGCAGCCGCCAACUACAGGAUCGGCACUCUACUUGAUGCUCCUCUUCUUCCUCCACCGCGACUAUCACCUGGUCUCUCAGCUGGUAAACUCUGUGGCCACGGACUCUCCGUACACAAGUGAAGAUGCCGUUUGCUUUGAGCAUUUCGAGAGCAUCGAUGACAGGCAUCCAAAUGCGACAGCCUUGCGGUGCAAGCUUGCGCUGGCCGUGCAGCACUCGCGGAUGCCACUGCCCUGGCCUCUCUACGAAGAAGGUGCAGAGCAUGUGAGGAGGGUGAUCCACGUCACCGGCGAGUGCCGGCUCAGCUUUGAGGAGGAGAUGCAGGUCCUCACCAUGUGCCGGCACUACCGUGAGAAGCUGCUCCUGGUCGCGCGGGAGGUCGACGCGCUCCGUCGCGACCAGGGGCAGAUGCUGAAGAAGUUCAAGUCCAUGUUGGAGGAUGAGGGCGAGAUGCUCUCGGCCUCUGGCGAGCAUGCGAAGUCGCUGAAGAAGUGGAAGGACCGCAUUGUGCGCCGCUUGCGAGCCGAACGCCUCGGCACCGGCGACAAGGAGCUGGUGGCACUGAUCCUGGCGGCGCUGCGGGGCGUUCGAUUGGAUCCCUUGGACGUUCUGAUGCUUCAGAACCGCGAGAAGUAUAUGGAGGCAAUGGAGGAGAAGCGGAGCUCCGUGAUGCUGAGUAUGAUGCCGAUGCCCAGGGCAAGUCGCUGGAUACAACACACGGACAUCAAUGCCCUCCUGUCUUCACCCUUCGACCUCAUGCAGCGCAUCCUCGGGGAAAACGCGCAGCGGGAUUCCAUCUACGACACCGGACCGGAGGUCCCCACCAUGCGGAACAUGCCUUACGUCAUGGCCGUGGAGCACAUCACUGAGAUCGUCAACGAUCCGGAGAUGUCGUUCACGGGAGAGAAUGCCGUCGCCCUUUUCAUCAAGCUGUACUCCUUGUUCACGCAGUCCCUGGGUGUCAAGCUGCCUCGUGCGGUGAACCCUGUCCAUCAGCACACCUUCGCCACCCUGUCGCUGGCGCUGGCGGGUGCGAGCCAAAACCACGGCAUGCUUCAGUCCCUGCUCCACAUCUGCAGGCGCAGCCGCAAGGUGUGCGAGUGCCUGCCGCGGCUCGAUCGGCCGCGCCGGGUGGUCUUCGUCCGGCAGUGGAAGGCGAAGCUCAUCGCCAUGCACAGGAAGCUGAUGGCCCUGGCCCAACAGCCGGAAAUCCAGCUGGCCACUGCAGAGGGCAAGGAGGCUGGCGAGGAGGCCUUCGGCGUUGCCCCCGAUGAGGAGGAGGUGCCAGUGCUGAUGAGUGUUGGGGAGGACCACGGCGGUCUUUGUCCACAUCUGGUCUUCUGCCCGUCGCUGGGCAGCGACGAGGAAGGGAAGGAGAUCCGGCGCGGUGAGUUCCCCCUGGGCCCGCCCCUCUUCGAAACCCCGGAGCACACGGACCUUCAGUGUGGCGAGCGCGUGCUGCUGGCGCUGGCAAACCCCGACGCGCCCAGCGGCGGCAAGGCCUCCAGUUCCGGCUGGGGCUGGGGAGGAAGCGCCGCGCUCAAGGCCAUCUCCAGCGAUGGGCCCCUGCGCACGUCGGAUCAGGACCUCCAGGCGCUGGCCACGCAGCCGAUGCAGGCGGUCCUGGAUCUGGGCCACAUCGCGCGGGAGGUGCCCGCCAACCUGCCCACGGGCAGCCUGCCCUUCGACAUCGCCGGCCACCCCGCCGUGCGCCACACGGUGGCCAAGCGGCUCCUGGACCGCAUGCAGGCGGAGAUGGCCCGCUUCGCGGAGAUGCAGAAGGCCACCCCGGCCCCCCGCGUGCGCGAGCUCAGCGAGGCCGAGCUGCGGAAGCUGGGCGACGGCAACCGGGAGGCGGCGGAGGCCGCGGAGAAGGCGCUGGAGAACAUCAUCACGUGCAUCUCCGACAUGAAGGCCGCGGACGCGGCCUUCGUGGACUCGGCCUUCAAGGAGGUCCUGAAGCGGGGCAACACCAUCGACAUCUCCGACGAGGGCGUGGCCAAGGCCUCGAACGGGGGCGCGCGGGCGGCCACGGAUGCCAACCUUGCGCGGGUGAAGCACUGGCUGCUCCGAGUCUCGGGCCACGAGUCGGAAGCCUGGCUGCAGCGGGCCUGCCGGUCCCUGCUGUCCUCGUCGGCGACGACAGACUGGCAGCGCAUCAACCCCUUCCUCACGGACAACGAGGUGAAGGACAUCCUGCAGCUGACAUCCCACGCGAUGCUCCGCGCCGUCCGGGUGGUGCUGGCCAACGGCUCCCUGGCGGAGGCGCGGGACCUGCACAAGAUGCUGACCAAGGCCAUCAGCACCGUCCGGGAGACCGGAAAGCUUCCGAACGAUGUCCGAGUGGGCCUGGCGGAGAAAGGUGAGGUCUUGGCGCGGCGCAUCGACGCGCGGCGCCACUACGUGUCGGAGACGCUGUCUUACGACCCGCACUUCCUCGUCUUCGAGUUUUCGGACAACAAGAUGCUCCACGGAAGGCAGGUAGCCAUCAUCUCGGACUUCCAAAAGACCGUCGAAGGUGGCGAGAGCGGCGUGAAGCAGAUGAUCAUGGGAGCAGGAAAGACGACGGUCGUCAGCCCGCUCCUGUCGAUGCUCCUGGCCAAUGGCAAGCGCUUGGUCAGCCUGGUGGUGCCCAGCGCCUUGCUGGAGUUCUGCCGCGGCGUGCUCAUGGUCUUCUCUCCAUCCAAUCCGCUCCUUGCAGACCGUUUCUUGAACAACUUUUCAUUGGCGGUCCGCAACGAGGCCACAUACUCCCUGACCAAGCGACGUAGAUCUGGUGCUGCACACCGCGGCGCAGUGAGCUCACUUCCCAUUGGCCCAAGCCACGAGCCCUUCCCCGCCAAACUGCAAAUCCCUGCUGCCCGCUUCCCCUGCGGGGCAAGACGGGAGCUAACCCACCUGAGCGCUUUGGCGGACAGUGCCCUGGCGAAGGACCCCGGUGUCUCGCUGGGUGCGGGAGGUCCUGUGCUCCUGGAGGCGCUCUGGCCUCCUCGGAGCACGGUGGCCGCAGCUUCGCGCACUAGGCGCGAGGGCACCAUCGUCGACGGGGGCCUCUCGGAUCAAGGGCGGGCCCCCGUUCUCCCUUGCCAAGCGGUGGAGAAUGCUUCCAAGCGGGACGUGCAGCUGCUGACCUGUCGGCCGAUUGCUGUCCAGACGUGGCCUCUCUUCCUCGGCGUUCGCCACCCGGAUAUCACCAUCGGCCUGACGUCCUGGCUCCGCUACGAGGGCCGGCGGAUGUCGGACUUCGACGCUGUUCUGGCCCUCCUCGUGGCGAACCUCAAAGGCCGAGCCCCGGAGUGGCCGCGGAGCGGCCCACGCGCUGCUCUUCAGCGCUGGGUCGAGGCUCGCGGCUGCUGGCCACCCGGCGCCAGGACCAUCACGCCCGAGAGCCUGCGGCAGCCGCGGCCCGCCGAGGUGCGCGAGAAGAGCCGGAAAGAAGUCGCAUUGGGCCUAAGGUCAAGCUCUCCGAAGACGCCGGUCGUGGCCUGGUACCUGGAGUCGAUCGUCUUCCCCGAGCACCUGCGAUUCCAGGAGGUGAAGCUGAUGUCUUCGGGCCAGGACCUCGGUGGGGCGCUGCUCUUCAAGGAGCGCAUCGGCUUCAGCGGGACUCCCUCCGACCUCAUGCCCCGGGAGCUCGGCUCCUGCGACUUCGAGCCGGGGAGCGAGGGAAGCAUCGUCCACACGCUGACCAACCCCGAGGUGGUCUCCUUCGAGGUCUUCGGAGCAGAUUGGACGGUGACCAGCCUCCUCGAUCGCAUUGCCGUAGGUGGCUUCCACGCCCUCAUCGACACAGGAGCCCUCAUCACCGGCCUCUCAAACAAGGACGUGGCUGUGUACCUCUUGGGCCUGGACAACGCGCAGGUGCCGCACCCCACGCUGCCCAGCAGCUUCCAGGGCGUCGUCUUCAUCGACGACGAGGGCUCCAAGAAGAUCCUUUUGAGGCAGACGCAGGAGGUCCUGAACCUGGCCGACUGCGGCAUCCCGGCCACGAGCCGCUUCGCCUUCUACGACCAGGUGCACACCACCGGUAUGGACAUCCAGCACAAGCGCGACUGUGUGGGCGCCAUCACACUGGGCAAGGACAUGGUCUUCCGAGACUAUGCCCAGGGUGCCUACCGACUCCGCGGCAUCGGCAAGGGCCAGAAGCUGCGGAUCCUGAUCAUUCCGGAGGUACGGGAGCUGAUCAGCAAGCAGAUCCUGCAGGCGAACUCCGGCAAGCCGGUCUGCACGCAGGAGUCCAUGCCCGGGGACGUGUGCGGCUGGCUGGUGCUCAACUCGAUGCUCUCGGACCGGCUGCAGUUCAACGUGCUGCAGACCCAGAACCUCUCCAACAUCUGGCGCAAGAAUGCCUGGAAUACCAUCAUGGACAAGUACGCCCUCCUGCAGCUACCGGAGAUCGUGGACUGCAUCGAGGUCUUCAAGGAGCCCAUUGACUUCAAGGUCCUGGAGAAGGUCCCGGUGCCCAGGGGACUCCUCCAGAUUGUCCAAGGCAAGGCCGACGAGUACACGAAGUACAUCCUCACAGACGAGGACCGUGCAGCGGUCGAAUGGGUCAUCAAGAACGUCUUGGAAGUGCAGGGCAUGGAGGUGGGCGAGCAGACCCUCGAGGCGGAGGCUGAGCGUGAGGCCGAGGCGGAGAGGGAGAUGGAAGAAGAGGAGGAGGAAGAGCGCGAGCAACAGAUUGAGAUCGAGAAGUUUGUGGAUCUCAUGUACUGCCGCGACAGCGAGGAGCCCAACAGCUGGCCCUUCGCCAGCCUCGCCGAAGAAAACCCGCCCCAGUUCUACCCGGCCCACCAGUUCCGGCUCUUCAAGGGCCGCAGCCUGGAGACUCUACCCAAGGACUUCCUCCUCUCCGAGAACUACUACAACCCCAAGUGGUCCGGCUUCCGGCGUCUCAAGAACACCUGUGUGGUCAUGGAGUGGCUGCCGCGCGGCUGCCCCGCGCAGCGUCUCAUGGAGUCGCUGCAGCUUUCGGAGACGGAAGAGGGGCUGAUGCAGAAGUGCUGCAAGCGUGCCUUGGACCUCUUCACCGCAGAGGGCAACGCGCAGGGCUCGGGAGGCACGCUGAAUCAAGACCGCGUCGGCACGCUGCUGCGUCUGGUCUUCGAUCAGGGCGACUAUGCGCUCCACGAUCCCAAGACGGCCCUGUCGCUGAUCGGUGGCAAGCCUGCAGGGGUCGGCCUCGAGGACAUGGUGCAGCUGCUGCUUCAUCCUCACUUCCGCCCGCAGGACGCUGGUCGCUUCUUCGUGGCGUUGAGCCUGGCGGAAGGCGAGACCCUUCGGCGCAUCCUCCACUGCAAGCUGCUCGGCUGCGGUGAGGCAUUCCCGUUGGCGCAAGUCGCAGACACGCUGGCGACGGGCCCGCCCCUGGCUCCGGCCAACACCGCCAUCGGCCUGCGCUCCCUGACCUCCGGCUUCAGCGUGCUGGACCGGUCUGUGGGCUUCGAAGAGGGCGCCACCUACCAAACCCUUCGAUCGAUGCAGCUCUGCCGCUACUUCGACACGCAGGUCUUCUUCAAGGACGAGGAGCUCAUGGCGCUUCUGAGAGGCUUGCAGCACGAGACGCCCUUCGCGCGGCGCCGCUUCUUCGAGCAGAUCGGCGGCUGCCGCCGGCGUGCCGUGGGCGACUGGGCCGAGCGGCCGAUCGCCGUGGCCUUGACCGUGACGUCGGAGUUCGACAUCAUGGUGCAGCGCAUCCGGGCCGUGCGGUUGAGGGAGGCCAUCUCCGGCAAGGGCCUGGGGGUCCAAGAGGCCUUCGAGCGCUUCGACACCCAGCAGAUCGGCUUCCUCGGCCCCAUCGAGAUUUGCCAGGCGCUGAGGCACAUGGGGUUCCACACCUCGCCCGACGAGAUCUUGGACUGGCUCGAGGCCAUGGAUGAGUCUGGGGACCACCUGGUGUCGUACCGCGAGUUCUUCGGCUUCGUCAAGAGCAAGGUGGACGUCUUCAUGGGCGGGGACCAUGCCAUCGUUUCGGAGCUGGGCAAGAAUCAGACGCAGCUGGCGGCCCAGCCAAGCCAGCCGAGUAGCCUGGACCGCGCUCGCACAGGUGCCGAGACUGCUGCCUCCCCAUCCUUGGGGGUGCCGCCAUCGCUGGUGCGCGCCACCUCGGAUCCGAGGGGUGGCACGCUGGCAGUGCCUGGCAAGGGCCCCCAGCUGAAGAGAGAGAUUUCCAAGAAACCCGAGGUCACCCAAGGAGAGCGCGAUACCAUCUCCAACAAGCUGCAGGACCGUGUGGCGCGGCGGAAGCUGGAGGAGGAGAAGGAGAAGGAGCACAUUGCCGUGGAGGAGGAAGAGAUGCAGAUCGCCAUCGAAGAGCAGCAUGGGGCCAACCCCUUCUACACCUACGCCAACCCCACCUGCGGUGGCGCCACCACAGCCGACUUCGACUUCCAGAUGGAUUACCUGCCGAAGGACUGCUUUGCCUUUGGCUUCGUCGAGCCGAUCUCGGUUGAAGGUCAGAAGGGGUUCCUUCAGAUCGACAAGAGGAGCUUUGUGCAGUGCACGAAGAUGCAGCUCCAACCCAAUGGCGGCUCCAACAGCAAGCUCAACACCUAUGGGCUCACCCUCUCCUUCUGCUGCCCCAGCCUUCCUCAGAGCGAGCCGGGCGGCGGCGCCGUCUCCGCCGCGCGCAUCAACAUCCACUACGCCAUCGCGGACAUCUACUUCGUGUACGCGGGCAAGGAGAAGGGCGACCAGAAGCAGCACACGCACGAGUUCAAGCUGGAGCCCGGCGAGCACAUCAUGGAGAUCCAGACGCGAUUCGUGCCGGACGUCGGCAUCUACUCUGUGAUGUUCAAGACGACGCAGGGCCGAAGCUCCGAGACCUUCGAGGGGGACGAGCUGGAGUACAUGGACCCCGACGAUAUGAAGAAGAAGAACUUCACAGCCGGGCGGGGGAACAUGAUUGCCGGGCUCAAGACCAAGGUCACGGAUGGAGUGGUCGAGAUCAGCAGCAUCACCAAGAAGCCGGUGAACCAAAGCGGGAAGCAGGAGGCGCCCUCGGAUCGCCUCACCCUGGUCUCUCUGAGCCGGGCCCCCGGGGAUGCCGACACCUAUGCGGAUGUCGUGGGCACCCAGGGCGUCACGCAGAGCGGCCAGGAGACCGAGGCCUGCGUCGGCUGCGAGAUCUUCGUGUGGAAGGACGGCACCAUCGCGCCGGAUGGCUUCCAGGCUCCCGAGCAGCGCCUCCCCACCGUCGACGACUCCGUGCUGCAGGGCCGCUGGGAGAUCACCUUCGAGGGUGACUCGCCCCCGGGUGCGGAGGGCUACGUGUGGCAGGUGACCCUCUCCGUGGACGCCGCGGGCCGCAUCCAGGGCGACGGCCUCCCGCACAAGCGCAAGAAGCAGAUCGUCCACCGCAAGGCCAGCGUGCCCGAAGCCGCGCCCCUGCCCGAGAUGCCGGAGGAGCCGCCAGAGCCGCAGCUGAUCCAAAUAGCCACGGAGGAUGACGAGGAGAUGCGCCAUGAGCACCAUGAGGAGGAAGAGGAGGAGUGCUGUGAGGAGGAGGACGAGGAUGAGGACAUCCCGAGGGCGAGGCGCAAGAAGAAGUGCUACGACGAGGGCUCGGAGUCCGAGCCGCCCGAUGACUGCGAGGACGCCGAGAGCGAGGUGCGGGAGGUCGACCGGGACACGCUGAACGAGGGGCUGCUGCCGAUGUUCGACUCGGUCACUGAGAUCCUCGAAAUCUUGGAGAACUACAACGGGGACCUCGGUCAGGUCCUGCGAGGUUACAAGAAGAUGUUCCAGUGCUUCAAGGACAUGAAGAAGAAUCGGAAGCUUCGUCGCGAGUUCGAGGAGUGUGGCCUCGAGAACAAGUUCGAGAAGGCCCAUGAGCUUUUGGAAGAGCAUGGCAUCGAGGGCGAGCUCGAGGAGUUCUUCGAGGAGCUCUAUGGCGGGGACUCCGACUACGACAGCGAGUGCGACUCGGAGUCGGAGCCGGAGGAGGUGGAGGUGAGGCCCAAGAAGGAGGAGAAGAAGGCGGUGCGCAUCAUCUCCUUGCGAAGCGAGGGGAAGCUGGUGGGACGGCAAGUGAAGCUCGACAUGUUCGGAGAGCAGAAGAAGUCCUCGGCAGACAGGCGUGUGCGGGACGAGGAUGGCGAGGACGACGAAGAGGAGGAGCAGCGCUCGACGGUGCAGUUUUGCUUCGAUGGCGCCGUGACAGACGAAACCGACACCACAGCCGUGCUCAAGGGCGAGUGGCGGGCUGCAAACCCAGUCCAAGAAGAGGAGAGCCACCAAAUCACGCUCCAUAAGCCUGAAGGGCGCUGGACGGCCACCCGCGUGGUGGACGAGUCCGCGCGCCUGGCGGGGCUGUGGCGGGUGUCCGUGGGGCUGCAGGACGGGGCGCAGGCCUAUGCCUACACUAUGUGGCUGACGGUCCACUUUGCUGUGGAGUCCCGUUCGGGCGCGGUGCAUGGUGCUUUGCUGGAAGGCCCCGACCUCGAAUCUUCCGACCUCGAUGGCGGCCCCAAGGUCAGCAAGGCCCUCGUCGAAGGCUCGCUGAGCAGUCGCUCGCUGCGACUGCAGGUCAACGGCUGGAAAGGCCGGGCCAUGAUGGAGGGCCAGCUCGACCGCCGGGGUGGCGCGGUGGCCACGAUCACGGGCUUCUGGUGGUCCCUCGAUGCCAACGAGAUCUCCGGCACGUGGUCUGCGACCCGCAUCGAUGCCAAUGUGCUGGAGAAGCUCAUCGAGCCCAAGCUUACCGGGGAGGAGCCUCUCGUCACGAAGUGCGCAUCCUGCCGCCUCACGGCGCAGGGCCUGAAGAACAAAGGCAAGCCCAUGUGCUCCAGCAAGCACGUCCUGAGCAGCAAGAAGAGCACGGACGACUACGAAGAUGAGAUGGAAUGCGAGCGGUGCGGUCGCGAAGUGAGCGGCUCACACUGGUACUGCGGACGUUGCGAUGUCGUCGUCUGCUCUCGCUGCGAGAAGCAGAGCAUUGCCAACAAAACUCUUGCGGCAAUCCACCCCUGCCGCCCUUGUAAAGUCGAUGACGUCACGUAUCCUGUCUUCGGACCGCCCGCAGCAUUCCCCACUCCGGCAGCUCGGUUCACAAGCUCUGUCCAGUCUCAAGACGCUGCCAUGGCUGCUUUGCUCAUCGCCAUGUCCCUGCCGCAGCUCGCCUUUGCUGGGAGCGCCUUGCGAGGCUCGGAGAGCAAUAUGAACUCCUCGAUGUUGGAGCUGAAGUCGCAAAUUGGUGCUGGGUGGGCUGUUUGUGGCAACGGCGGUGGUUUUCCUGGCACUGACCCUUGCUUCAUUCAUAAGGGCUGCACCAAUGCUGGCUACAACGACAACCCAGCAGAUUCAUGUGGUGCCGGUUGGUACUGCGCGGAUGGGCAGUAUGUGGACGCGAACACAGACUUCGACCGGUGUGACAUCCAGCCAGGCUGCUCCUGUGGCAAAGUUUCCUUCAAAGGAAUUGUUGGAAUUGGCACUUGGAUUUGUGAUUGCACCGACACCCCCAGCCAUGGCACGUCAUGUGGCAACGGAGGUGGUUCGCCUGGCACUGACCCUUGCUUCAUUCACAAGGGAUGCACCAGUGCCGGCUACAGCAACAACGCAGCAGAUUCAUGUGGUGCCGGUUGGUACUGCACGGAUGGGCAGUAUGUUGACGCGAACACAGACUUCGACAGGUGUGCCAUCCAGCCAGGCUGCACCUGUGGCAAAGUUUCCUUCAAGGGAAUUGCCGGCAUUGGCUACAUGGGGUCGACCGUCGACAUCAGCGUGUCACUGCUGCGUCUGCGCACAGCUGGCAUCUGCCCAGCUCUUGUGGCAAUCUACCCGUUCCGCCCUUGUAAAGUCGAUGACGUGACGUAUCCUGUCUUCGGACCGCCCGCAGCAUUCCCCACUCUGGCAGCUCGGUUCACAAGCUCUGUCCAGUCUCAAGACGCUGCCAUGGCUGCUUUGCUCAUCGCCAUGUCCCUGCCGCAGCUCGCCUUUGCUGGGAGCGCCUUGCGAGGCUCGGAGAGCAAUAUGAACUCCUCGAUGUUGGAGCUGAAGUCGCAAAUUGGUGCUGGGUGGGCUGUUUGUGGCAACGGCGGUGGUUUUCCUGGCACUGACCCUUGCUUCAUUCAUAAGGGCUGCACCAAUGCUGGCUACAACGACAACCCAGCAGAUUCAUGUGGUGCCGGUUGGUACUGCGCGGAUGGGCAGUAUGUGGACGCGAACACAGACUUCGACCGCUGUGACAUCCAGCCAGGCUGCUCCUGUGGCAAAGUUUCCUUCAAAGGAAUUGUUGGAAUUGGCACCUGGAUUUGUGAUUGCACCGACACCCCCAGCCAUGGCACGUCAUGUGGCAACGGAGGUGGUUCGCCUGGCACUGACCCUUGCUUCAUUCACAAGGGAUGCACCAGUGCCGGCUACAGCAACAACGCAGCGGAUUCAUGUGGUGCCGGUUGGUACUGCACGGAUGGGCAGUACGUGGACGCGAACACAGACUUCGACCGCUGUGCCAUCCAGCCAGGCUGCACCUGUGGCAAAGUUUCCUUCAAGGGAAUUGACGGCAUUGGCUACAUGGGGUCGACCGUCGACAUCAGCGUGUCACUGCUGCGUCUGCGCACAGCUGGCAUCUGCCCAGCUCUUGUGGCAAUCUACCCGUUCCGCCCUUGUAAAGUCGAUGACGUGACGUAUCCUGUCUUCGGACCGCCCGCAGCAUUCCCCACUCCGGCAGCUCGGUUCACAAGCUCUGUCCAGUCUCAAGACGCUGCCAUGGCUGCUUUGCUCAUCGCCAUGUCCCUGCCGCAGAUCGCCUUCGCCGGGAGCGCCUUGCGAGGCUCGGAGAGCAAUAUGAACUCCUCGAUGUUGGAGCUGAAGUCGCAAAUUGGUGCUGGGUGGGCUGUUUGUGGCAACGGCGGUGGUUUUCCUGGCACUGACCCUUGCUUCAUUCAUAAGGGCUGCACCAAUGCUGGCUACAACGACAACCCAGCAGAUUCAUGUGGUGCCGGUUGGUACUGCGCGGAUGGGCAGUAUGUGGACGCGAACACAGACUUCGACCGGUGUGACAUCCAGCCAGGCUGCUCCUGUGGCAAAGUUUCCUUCAAAGGAAUUGUUGGAAUUGGCACUUGGAUUUGUGAUUGCACCGACACCCCCAGCCAUGGCACGUCAUGUGGCAACGGAGGUGGUUCGCCUGGCACUGACCCUUGCUUCAUUCACAAGGGAUGCACCAGUGCCGGCUACAGCAACAACGCAGCAGAUUCAUGUGGUGCCGGUUGGUACUGCACGGAUGGGCAGUAUGUUGACGCGAACACAGACUUCGACCGCUGUGCCAUCCAGCCAGGCUGCUCCUGUGGCAAAGUUUCCUUCAAGGGAAUUGACGGCAUUGGCGCCUGGUCGACCGUCGACAUCAGCGUGUCACUGCUGCGUCUGUUUCCUUGUACAGUACGAGCAGACAUGGACGAGGAUGAGCGGCAUCAGAUGGAGGUCGCGGCCCUGGACCGCUUCAAGCUGUCGGGCAAGGUCUACUUCGAAGUCACGGUCGAGAAGUCGGGCGACGGUGGCUUGCUCGGGCUGGCGCUGCAAAAUGUCGAGCCCUGGCCUGAAAUGUCAGAGGAUGAUGACUACGCGCCCGGCGAGGACCUGGGCACCUGGGCCUACCUCCACAACGGCUGCUGCCGGCACGGCGGCAAGGACGAGGGCAAGAGCACCGCCUGGAAGGACGGCGUGGUGCUCUGCGUGGCCGUGGACUGCGACGCCGGAUCUGUGCAGCGCGGGGGCCUAGACAAGCCGGCCUUUGAGACGCUGCUGCAGCUGGCGGCGGAGGAGAUGCCCUCGGAAGUGGGUUUGCCCCUGGUGGCGCUGCUGUCGCCCGGGGACAAGGGGGCCAUGACGGUGAACAUGGGACAGCAGCCGUUCAAGCUGCAGCCGCCCGCGAAGGACUUCAGACCGAUUGCCGAGCUAAUGGAGCUUCGCCGGCAGUGGCGCGUGACGCUCCCGGACAACGUGGAGACGUGGCCCGUCUACGUGAAACCCUCGCGGCAAGCCGAGGGAGCGGAGUCACUGCAGGCGCAGUGGGGCUUCGAGGAGCUCGCGACGCAGCAGGAUGAGAACGGCGUGAAGUGGGUUCGGCACACCGGCGGGUGGUCCCCGGUGUCGCUCGAGGCGCUUGGCCGCCUUUGCACAGGCCUUACGCCCUUGCCCUCAACCAUCGACGCCUUGGAGAAGCGCGGCGAUGCGAACGGCUUCAAGUUCUUCCGCUUCGUGGUGACGAAGGUGCGUGGCGGCGACACGGUGAACGGGGUGUCCUUGGGCCAGCUGCUGCUGCGCCGCGAGGGUGUGGAGCUGGACCUCGCGGAUGCCACGGCGGAGAACCCCGACGGCCAGUUCGCGGACAGCGAGGGCCCCGGGAACGCCAUUGACGGGCGCACCAGCACGCGCUGGCACAGCUCCGUCCUGAGCCCCCUGCUGAUCAAGCUUCCGAAGCCGGUCCUCAUCGACAGCUUCAGCUUCCGCACGGGGCCCAGUGAUGAGCAGCUGGACCCUGUGGAGUGGCGCCUGGAGGCAUCGAACGAUCAAAACACCUGGAAGAGUUUGCACAGCCAGGAAAGCAGCUACCACCCUCCGAAGAGGCGCUGUGGCCAGUCUUCUUGGUUCGAAACGAGCACCCGCAGCGGAGGCUCCGGCAAGAACAAGCUGGUCCCCUGGACCUCCGGGGCCAAAGUCAGCGCUGGGGCCUGGCAUGCGCUGACACUGGCCGUGGACUUGCCCAACUCGAAGAUGACCAUUUGGCUGGAUGGGGAGGUGGCCCUGGAGUUCUGCGAUGCCUCGUCGCCGCUGCUCAAGUGCGAAGGGCCCCUGGCCCUGGACCCCCAGGAGGGCCUCUGCCUCUUCGGGCGCAAGCCCUUCCUGAAGAAGAAGGAGUGGAGCUGGAUGCUGGGGGCGCAGGUGAAGGGCCUCCAGCUGCAGACCAUGUCGCCGGACCUCUUCAACGUCUGGUCCCUCCAGAUGCCGCUGGGGGUUUGGAUCUGCCGAGCGAACGGCACCUGCAAGACCAGCGGGCUCUUUACCCGCAACGCCGCGAGCAGCUCGCAGUGCUGGCGUUGCAAGGGCAGCCGCGUGCGCUCCGCCUUCCGCCCGCCCGGAGACAGCGACCCAAGGCACCCGGGAAUCAAGAUCUUCACCACCGACUCCUUUGAGGAGCUCCUGGAGAACCACUCCUGCGUCUUCCUCGCCCUCUCGGCUGACUGGUGCGGCGCCUGCCAGCGGAUGAAGCCGGCUUGGUUCGCGUUGGCGAAGCUGCUGAAGGCGUCCAAGGAGGUGACUGUGGGCGUCAUGAACAUCGACGAGAAUGACGUGGACAGGAAGUACUUCCCGGAGAGGCAUAUCCCCGUGAUCAAGUUGCUCGUCAAGAAGCCGCCGGAAGACGACGGCCUGGAUCACUCCAACGACAAGCCAGUAGUGAUCUCUUACGAGGGUGGCCACGACAUCGCGAGCUGGCUCCAGUUCCUCGGCGAGCACACGGACUUGAAGCUACAGGACGUGCUGGAUCAGAACUACCAGGAGUACUGCAAGGACUUGGCGAUACCCGAGCUGCAGGCGUCCAUGAAGGAUGCUGCUCGCGUGGCUCUCAAGGAGUCAUGGGGCGCCGACACGGCCGGCGCCCUGGCGGGCGCGGGCGGCGGGCAGAGCAGCUGGCGCCGACUCUGCGGCUUCUUGUGCAACUACUGCCUGGAUCCGGAUCUCAAGCUCGAGGAGCCCCAGGUGGAGGGGAAGAAGGUGAAGGUCGAGAAGCAGGACUCUGGCGAGGAUGAGCUCUGGAUCCGGCUGCUCCUCAAGCGUUUGGAGGAGGAGGUGGAGAAAGCCUUGCGCGGCGCGCACCCUCAGAAGCCCUUGGAGUACCUGCGGAAGGUCGUGUUCCUGUUGGGGGCGCGCCCGGAUGAGCGGCAGGCCGUCAAAACUGGGCUACACGCCGAGGAGCUUGCCGCCGCCGGCCGCGGGGACGAGGAGGCGCCCUCCCUCACCCGGAAGUGGACCGAACAGUGGUCAGCGGUGGAGCAGCAGAAGGCUGCAGCGCGGGCGGAGCCAAUGGCACUGCCAAUGCUGCAGCGCAGCUGGUCCAAGAUCAAGCAGGCCAUUGACAGCCGCGCCCCCAAGCGCCUACAGGUUAUCCAAGAGCUUCUCGUGCGUGGCCUGGACUUGGACUUCAACGCCCUCGGCCGGGAGCAGCCUUCAGUGCUGUGGCUGGCUGCAGCGAACAACGACCUGGAGGUGCUGCAGAUGUGCCUCGCCUGCGGCGCAGACCCGCACCGUGACAGCAGCGGCGUGCUCCCGACGGAGGUGGCAGCCUCCACGGGCGCCCUCCAGGCUCUGGCUCUGCUCCUGCGCAUCGGUGCCGUGCCGGGUCGCUCCGUGCACUUUGCCGCCGCGACCUCGCAGCUGGGGGCCCUGCGCGUGUUGAUCAACACGAAAGCCGAGCUCAGGACCCGCGUUCAGGGCUUCUCCGCCUUGGCCGUCGCGGUGGCCCGCGACCACGAUGAGGCCGCGAAGCUGCUGCUUGCACAAACCUGGGGCCAGGAGCCGCCUUUGGGCCAAGCCGCCUGUGAGGCCCUGGGCCUUGAGGAGGGGAGCAACGUCCUGCACCUGGCGGCUUUGGGCGGCUUGGACCGGGCUUGCGACCUGCUGCUCCAGCGCGGGCUGCGGCCCCAGCCCGCGGGCAUCCCGCGCACGGCCGGCACGCAGCUGGCCCAGGAGCAGGUGCGCGCGGUCCUGGAGCCGCACCGCUGGACCUUGCUGCGGCGCCUCUGCCCCGAAGGCAAGGAGUCCACGAAGGCGACUUCAGCCCACGAGGCCUUCAAGCAGGUGCUGGACGAGGUUGGCUCAGACCCGAAGGUGUCAGCCAUCUGCGCCGGGGUGGGGGUGCUGCGGCCCUCGGCCCUUGCAGCAUUGCUGGACGAUGCCGAGGCCAUCAAGCUGUUGGCAGCGAUCGACAUCUCCGAGGACCCCCUGCCAGGCCCAACACCGUCGGCAUUGAUGUGGGCCCAGUGGUCGGGGUCACAGCAGGCGGCCAGGGUCAUGCUCGAUGCAGGCGUUACCCUCAGCAAUGCAGACCUCGAAGGGCUUCGGCGUUUGGGCCGGUCCCGACGCCAGUCACAAGACAGCAAGACGGCUGCUGGUGCACCUUCAGCGGCUGCGCGGCUACUCGACCCAAGCGAUUGGAGCCUCCUGCCCCAGGCGGUGCAGCUCUUAGCCAGUGCCACGCCCCUCUCCCGGUUGCAAGAUCUUCGAGAGAAGAUGCUCUUCGGCAUCAGCGAAGUGAGGCCGGCGGAUGCCCCGCCCACAGGGGGCUUGCUGCCCGUGCCACUGCAACCUCCAGCUCUCACACGCGUGACGUCCAUCUCCGCCGAGCAGGAGGAGGCGGCGGCCAAGGAGGAAGUGGCCGCAUCCGCGUUGUUGGACUUGCUCGGCCCGGCAAAAGCCUCCCUCGUCCGCUUCCUCGUGCAGAGAGAGAUUGCGCAAGGCGAAGGAAGAUCCGGCCUGUCGGCCAUCCACCUCAUGGCGCUCCACGCCGUCACCACCUUCGUGGACGUCCAUGCGCAGUGCCAGCUCUACAUGACGGUCCUGAAGUCGGCGCUGAGCGCGCUGCCCAGCGCGCGCGGCCCGUGCUACCGGGCGGUGAUGAGGAGCGGGGCCCAGGCCCCAUCGCUCAAGCAGUUCUCCCUGGGAUCCGUGGUCAUGUGGCCUGCGGCGACGGCGGGCACCCUUGACUUCGGCUCUGCCAUGGCUGCCCUGGCGCUAGGUGCUGAGACGACCUCCCUGGGUCUCAUCUUCAAGGUUCGCCGCCUCCUCUCCGCCAAGCAGGUGGCUGAUGGUCAGGUGCUCUUCAUGGGCGGAAGCAUGCGCGUGGUGGGCCUCUACGCCCUGAGCGGCCCGCUGCUGGCGGCCGAGCGGGAGCUUGCGGCUGCGGGCAGGAGCACGGAGCGGCUCGGGAGCUGGUGCCCGUCCCUUGACAUGGCGAGGCGGCCGGAGGCGGUGCAGCCAACGGAGUUGGAGCAGCAGCCCCUGGUGAUGGUGCUAUUGGACGAAGAGGAAGCGUGA